GCUAAGCAGAGGUCACAUAGAGACGUUGGUCGUACAGUUCUGAACCAUGGAGGCGGUGAUAGCUGUUUGUGCUGGGCAGACGAGGCUCAAGCGCUUAGAACUUUGGUCUGUGUUUGGUCGCCGUCGCCGUCGGUGGGUUAACCGAUUAUUAAAAUCUUGUCCACAAUUGGAACACUUGAAGAUAGGAAACGUUCCCCCACCGGCCUCGUUCAUACUGUCCACCUCAUGCGUUCCUCCUCCGGUUUACCAUUCUCCUCCACAUGGGGCUCAUUCUUCUCUGGAACUCGGGGUGGAUGUCGACUCCCAUGCUCAGCUCAGAUCUAUCGUCGACAUCUUCCCCAUCGCGUGGGCGAAUCCGACCCCCCCCUCUCUUUACCAUCCUCUUCCUCGCCCUUUACCUCCCCCUUGUCCUCCUCUCCUUCCUGAACUUGUUUCCAGUAAUUCUCCAAGGGAAGAGGGUCAUGACUAUUCUGGAAAUUGCAGCGAUGCAGCAGGAGCAGGAAAUGAAGUGGAAGGAGAGCGGCCGCGUGAUGAAGGCCUCUGGGAAGGAGAGCGGCCGCGUGAUGAAGCUUCUGGGCCGAGCUAUGGAGGAGGAGAAGGAGGAGGAGGAGAUGAAGAAGUGGAAACAGAGCGGCAGGCCCAAAGGGACGGUUAUGGGGAAGACGAAGAUCCUGUCCCCACCGACAAAUUCUUCAGUAUUUGGCUGCCUCCUGAUCGUGACUGUUGCCUCGCCCCUACCGUUUUCCCCCCUGACAGUGAAGAGCGGGGCGUGGAAGGUGACGCGCAGGGGGUGGAGGGUCGGGAAGAUCAAGAGGAAGAGGACGAAAGUGGCGGGAGCUCGUCUACUUAUGGAGAUUGGCUGACUCUGAGUCAUCCCAUUCUUGACGAAUUGUCCAUCGUCAGCAUUGCCAAGAACUGUCCGAGGUUGAAGACACUUCAUCUCAGCGCUAACAACCUCAGCGCUAACAACAAGUGGCAUAGGAACUGCUGUUUCACGGAGCGCUCGAUGACAGCCUUAGUUCAUGGAUGCACUGCAUUAACCGAUCUCUCUCUUACCACAGGUGCUGCAAACUUUUACAUGAGGGAUAGUCACUCGGCCGUCCGUGUCCUUUCUGGUUGCAAUCAGCUGCGGAACCUGAGUCUCUGCGGGUUUUGGCCUGCUGCUUCGGAUGCUUUACAAGAUGGCUCUUGCCCUCUGUUAUCGUCCUUGUCUCUGGCGGAGAGUUCCUUGCUGAAGGGGGACCAGGACUCGCAGUCGCUAAGCCCAUCCUUUUUCUGUUUCCAGUCUACACGACGAAGAACCCUGACAUCACUGUGCGUGACAGAUAGCUUAUACUUCGACGAUGAACAGCUCGACGUGAGCGGGACGCGCGUCUCCGACUGGGGCAUUAUUGCAGCAGUGCGGGCGUGCACUAACUUGCAAACUCUGGUAGCCUCUCGUUGCAAAUACGUCACUGACUCGUCAGUACGUGUUGUGGCCGCCGAAGCUGGGCGGCAGUUGCGCGAGCUCUGUUUGGACGAGACCGGGGUCACACACUACGCAUUGUCUUUUCUUGCCCGGGGAACGCGCACAUUAGGACUGGUUAAGCUUCUGCUCUAUGGGUCUCAGCCCCGGACAUCCCGUGGCACAGUCAGUGGGGGAGGGUUGGUGGGAGGUAGCAGGAGGAUUCGUUUUCUGAAUAUUCCCACUGUGGUGUCGCUUGAUGGCCACCACCCGCGGCCGCGCAGCAUCCAGCCCAUGAAAGUCCCGUUCAGCGGCACAGUGCCCCGGCCCGUCCAGAAGAGGAGCACCAGGCAGCACCACCACCCAUUGGAGGAGGAGGUUGCUGUUGCAGCACAGCAGAGGAGCUCACCGCCGAGAACAGAUGGAGUCAUCAAGGAGGAGGAGGAGGAGGAGGAGGAGAAGGAGGAGGACGAGGAGGAGAAGAAGGAGGAGGAGGAGGAGGAGAAGGAGGAGAAGGAGGUCGAGGAGUAACAGCUCUUUUCUUUUCUUUUUUUUUCACACCUGCUGGCCAGUGCUUUCCGCU